AUGGGAGGCAAAUCAAAAGGAUUACGAUCAGGUACAAGAUACAAAUUUUCGAAAAAAUUUCGUAAACAUGGAGAAUGUACAGCAAACAAAUAUUUAGAAAAAUUAAAUUAUGGAGAUUAUGUGGAUAUAGUAUGUGAUUCAACACAACAAAAAGGUAUGCCAUUUAAUUAUUAUCAUGGAAAAACUGGAAAAAUAUUUCAUAUUACGAAAAGAGGUGUAGGUGUUUUAGUAAAUAAAAGAGUUAAGCAUCGAAUUAUACAAAAGAAAGUUUGUGUGAGAAUAGAACAUGUGAGAAAGUCGAGAUGUAAUGAAGAUUUCAUAUUGAGAAAAAAAAAAAAAGAUGAAAUAAUUAAAGAAGCAAAAUUAAAAAAUGAAAAAGUGUCGAUUAAAAGAAAACCAGAAGGACCUAAGCCGGCGGCCAUGAUAAAAGUACCCCCCUCGAAAGUCAUAACUAUUGAGCCCUUACCUUUUUAUGAAGAAUAUUAA